UGCUGCACGAAGAUGGCGGCCGAACUGGUGGAAGCGAUGAACAUGGUCAAAAGUUUUCGGGUCUCAGACCUGCAAACGCUGCUGGCCUCAAUGGGUCGCAGCAAAAGUGGGCUGAAACAGGACCUGGUGGGACGUGCACUGAGACUGGUGCAGACUGAAUAUAGUCCGGAGCUGCUCAAGAACGUCAGGCAGCUGUAUGAAUCACGCUUCCCCAAAUCAUCUGGCUGGUUGGCAGCGCGACGUCCAGAGGGCGUCCCAGUAGCCUACUCUUCCCUCAGCUCCUCCCCUACUGCCACCUCUCAGGGCGCAGACUACCUCAAUGGCAUUUCCAAACCAAUACCCACACCUGCAGCGGAAGUCAAGCUGGUGCCACUGCCCUUUUACCAAACUUUGGAGACACUGUUGCCACCAACAGAGCUAAUUGCCCAGAACAAUGAAAAACUGCAGGACAGUCAGUGCAUAUUUGAGUUAACGCCCAACCAAGCUGACCAGAUUAGAAAUGCAAGCGAGCUUCGUCCAGGAAUUGGAUCAAUCCAAGUGGUUCUUAGAAUCUGUUACACAGACUCCAUUGGCGUUCAGGAGGAUCAGUAUCCUCCCAACAUUGCUGUUAAAGUGAACCAGUCCUACUGUCAUGUACCGGGCUACUACCCCUCAAAUAAACCUGGCGUUGAACCCCGUCGUCCUUGUCGCCCUGUGAACAUCACUCCUUGGUUGCAUCUUUCCAAUGUCACUAACAGAGUCACCAUCACCUGGGGAAACUUUGGCAAGCGGUACUCUGUGGCUGUGUACUUAGUGAGGGUGUUCACUGCUGCAGACCUCUUCAGCCAACUCAAACUGUGCUCUGUUGAAAGCGCAGAACGCUGUCGUGAACGCAUCCAAGACAAACUACGCUUUGAUCCAGAAAGUGAAAUUGCCACCACAGGCCUCCGGGUUUCUCUCAUCUGCCCACUGGUGAAGAUGCGUCUUGGCGUGCCAUGUCGAGUUUUAACCUGUGCCCAUCUUCAGUGUUUCGACGCAGUCUUCUUCCUGCAGAUGAAUGAGAAGAAGCCCACAUGGACAUGCCCUGUAUGUGACAAGCCCGCUCCCUUUGAGCUACUCACUAUUGACGGGCUCCUGUCCGAGAUUCUGAAGGAGACGAGCGAGGACAUUGAGGAGAUUGAAUAUUUAACCGACGGCUCCUGGCGACCCAUCAGAGAUGAUAAGGAGAGGGACCGGGAAAGAGAACGCAGCAACACACCAGAGUACCCUGUUGUUGACAUAUGCAUUCCCGAGGCAAACGGUCAUUCACCGGCCCACAGCAGCACCAGUCUGACAGGCAAAUCCGGAAGCAGUUCCGUGGGGGUGUCAGGAGUCACAGGAGGACCCGCUGUUGCGCCAGGAGGAGGCGCAGUGGUAGAUCUGACUCUUGACUCCUCCUCUGAGGAGGAAGGGGGAGGGGCCGGAGGAGACAGCGAGGACACAGAAGACAGCGCCGACAGUCCUGCCCCGAAAAGGGGCCGAUACAACUACGACAAAGACCUGGUCACUGCCUACUGACCCUUCAGUUCUGUCCCCUCAUUGACUGACACACACACAGAGACAGAGAGACAGGGGGCUUCAAACCUGAGGACAGGAACACAGUAAUCCACUAGAUGCAAUGACCUUCCCUUUUGUCCAAACAUCGGAGCCUUUUAGCAGCUCUGAUUUCUAUCCAGACAACACAAACACACACUCAAUCGAGCACUGUUAAUGAAUCUUCAAUCUAGAGCGAUUAGGAUUCCCGUUUGUACUGUACACCACUGGAAGCAACUCUUAACCCAUUCUGGCCAACCGUCACCCUGCAGUGAAUAUCUGUACCGUCCUGCCUCUGCUAAAGAGACUGAAUGGAUCCAACACCCCCUCCUCCCCCUCUCCUCUCUCCAGAUUCUUCCCUCUUCACCAUGCCAUCUCUCUUUGUAUUUGACUUGGAAUUACAGGCUCUUUUAGCCAUGGGCGUUUGAUGUUUGCGUCUCUGGUUUUUGUCACGUUUGUGAUGAACAGGCAAAUUGAAAAUGGGGUCACCUCAGCAGUUUUUGGUAAAAGGUCAAAAACAACAAAUGGAAAAAACACGAGCAAUGAAUAUUUUGGGAGAACUAGGUAGAAAGUUUUCUGGAGUGUGAUUGCAAAAUUAAACCUUGUGAUAUUAUUUCUGGUUUUUCUUCAGAGAAUGAAUUCAAAAAGCUUGAAAGGGGUUUUCAGGAAUUUAUCCUUUUUAAUUAUGAAAGGGCAGAACACAAUACUGGCCUCAGUGUGUUGAUGCUUUCCAUUUUUAUUUUGUCCUUUAGAUAAAGAGAACCUACCUCAGUCAUAAAAAAAAAACUUAGCAGACUGACCAGAGAGUAGCUUAGAAAGAAGAGGACAGAGGAAUGGAGUCUUUCUGAAGCCAAUUUUACACUGGAGAUUUUGUUUUCCUGCUUUUUUUUUCCUCGUUUUAUUCUUUUAUUCCAUCGUUCGUGCAGCUCUGUACCCUCUAAAGCAACAAAAUCAUUGUUGAAGGUGAGUUCUUUAUUGGUAUGCAGCCAAUCUACGGGUGUCAGUGGUCUGAAAACAUGCCACCCUGUAAAAUGUACUAGGGCUGUGUUAGCAUUGUGGAUGGAUUAACUCAUCAAAACAAUUACUGUAUGGCAGCUGUGCCAAAGCAGAUGUAUUUUAAGAAUUCACUUAAGUGGACCGGAUAGGACAUAUGAUUUUGGUGCCUUUUUCUGUUAAACGGUAAAGACUGGAGGCCGUUGCUUUAAGGCUAGCUGAGCUGGCAGCAGGUGAAACCCCAGUUCAAGAGAACAUGUUUUACUUUGAUUUAGUCUAUUCCCCCGCUGAAGUGGCAUAGGAUUCAGAAGUGCUGCCUUCCUCCCAUCAUUUCCUUCUCUUAAAAUAUUUAACUACAUAAAAUUUUCUUAACAGUUGUUUGAAGUCAGUCGUCGUAACAGUUGGGGAUGGUUCCGUGUUGACUGGAGCGACCGGUUACAUAAAGAAGUCCACCUCUGCUCCUGCGCUCUGGAGUUGUAAUUGGUCUGGGCUUUUUUUUUUUUUUAUUUCUGUUGACGGAUGUUGCAUUUCCAAAGCACCAUUCAGAUUACUCAGCUGCGUUGCGUUCAACACGUCUGGCACAAUGAAACUUAAUGAAGUGUCAAUAAGUGCAACCCCACCUACCUUAAGUCAUUGAUUGGAUUACAAAUCGUCCUGUCUCAGACAAGCGGAGGCGUCUCAGCCAACAAUCCCCCUCAGCCUCCUUCCUAUGUAGAUAAGGUCAUAUCUAUUUGCUGGAAUAGAAUUGGACUUUAAUUGCUACAUGCAGUAGGCUCACAGCUAAUAUUCCUCUGCACUUGCACUAGUAUUGUCAGUAUGUGACGGCGACUGCUCAGUAGAGGAUGCUCAGGCUGGAUGUGCUGUCUGCAGGAGGGUCAUCCACUUUGGUCUGAUAGAUGUUGAUGUGUUGUUAGAGCUCUUUGCACUUUGUCUGAUACUUCAUCCCCUUUUUUCACUUUAAAGCCAUCAGAUAGUGAGUAUUAAUCAAGGAUUUCUGACCACCGUGGCCAGUUCUCAACCAUCUCAUGCACAAGAUUUAGAAAAUGUGAAACUAGACAAGCAGUAGAGGCUCAGAGGAAAGGAGGGAGGGAGGGAUGGGGUGGGGGGGCUGAGCAUUGCAUGGUGUGUUUCCUUCGCUUAUCACCCCGUUGCUGCAGUUAAAUCGGAACAGAAUCUAGUUUUGUUUUUGCUGAAAUGCACAGAAAAAUGACAUUGAUCCAGGCACAUCCUCAGAUAGGGUUGAUGAUUGGG